AUGGUCAACAAAGCUUUUGAUACGUUCCAAAAGCUAACGGCGUACAACAUACACAGCGAGGCGUCGCGUGCUAUGCCAGAUGUACUUCACUCUUUCGUCGACGAUCAGAUCAAGGCUUACCGCAGAAUUACAUCACCUUCUGCUAGAGAUGUAGGUCGUGAUCAGUUAGUUGCUGUACACAAAAGUGAACGUGGAGGUAUUGAGCUACUCGCCCCAAACAUUCUGCUCAAGGGAGAAAGACACGGCGGCGAGGCCUACAUCAUUCAGGAUGCCGAAGUUGUGCUUGAUGGCGAACAUCUUCCAGAAGCUCCCAGCCAGAAGGUUGUCGACACCUGGUCCGCUCUUUCCAAGUCUGUACCAGAUCAUGCCAUAGGUUACAUCUCUAGCAGUGACGCUGGCCGCUGGCGUGUUACGGCUCCUUUCAACCAAGCCCAGGAGAAUGAUGUGCUCACAGCCAUCGUACCCGCUGCGGCAACUCUCUUUCCGUUCUUGACCGCAGAAUGGAAGAGCGGUGGUGGCAGUGAAGGCCACACUCAUGCUGCCCUUCAAGCAGUCCGUGGUGCCGCUUGCGUCGUCAAUUACAAUUACGCCUUUCUCAAGCAUGCUGGCAUGGUGCCUACCCUACUGGAUACGAUUCAUUUCUCCCUUACGUGCAAUAUGGAUACCGUCAAGCUCUACGUGCACUGGCGCGAGCAUUUCGCAGGCGAUAUUCAUCAUUACUCGAAAAGGAUCGGCUCCCACAACCUGAGCGAUGCCGACGAAGAUGAGAGUAACCCAGACAUGCUGAAGUUCCGAGCUCGCUUGCGGAAUAUCCUGGACUGGGCAGUGGGGGUUCGUCUCGACACCAUCCAGUGCGCCAUUGGAAAGAUUGCCAAGAUAGAACGCGGUGGAAGGAAGCCGGAGGAGACCGCUGUAAAGAUUAGGGAUGCCAGAAGCAAGGCUCAACAGAGCGUGUUCAGAGAAUCCGCCACCGUGGCGAUGUUCCGCUACCUCAUUCCGGAUGCCGCCCAAUCGCAACACAUGGUGCAAGAGGGAGAUUGCAGAUGA